CACGUGAGCUCCCUAAAGUCAACUGAUGACAAACUGAAGAUGGCGAGAAGAGAGUGAAGAAAGUUGCAUCAAUAUUAUAUGAUACUGGCUCUACCAAGAAAGUAUCUGUUAUAUAGAUCAGUUCAGCAGUAGAAUAAUCUGUCUAUUUACCUUAAUUAGUGUGAACUAGGCGACUAAAGAACCUCAAAAAAGUCAAAAGGACAUCUCUUUUUCUGAAAUCUCCACCUAGUACCCAAGUUCGGUUACAAUUACAAGUGCUUGUGCGCAGGCUUUUAAAGAAAUCUACCAACUGAAUCUAUCCUUGAUAUAUCAAUCAGUGCUCUGUUGUGUCAGUAAAGAUGUCUUCACUGCCUGGGGGAAACAGAACUCCUCUACCCACUCUGGAGGAGACAGACAAAGAACCUGUGCAGAAGGAGAGGAGUCACCACUCUACCCACCGAUCACAAAGCCCUCACCGUAACUCGCACCGGGGCACUACCUCCUCACGUAGUCAGACCUCACACACACACCACACCUCCUCCAGCUCCGGAUCAUCACACCGCCACCAACGACCUUCCUCCGCCUCAGGGGCCAGCUCUGGAGGUAGUAGUGGGUCCUCGGGUAGAUUAAAAACCAGUCAGAGCUCUAGACCGCCUGGGGAGGAGGUGUACGUCGGCAAGUAUAAGCUGUUGAAGACUAUAGGAAAAGGCAACUUUGCUAAAGUGAAACUGGCCAAGCACAUGCCGACUGGGCAAGAGGUGGCUAUAAAGAUCAUUGACAAAACACAGUUGAACCCUGGAAGCUUACAGAAACUGUUCAGAGAAGUCCGGAUAAUGAAGUAUCUAGAUCAUCCAAAUAUAGUGAAGUUGUUUGAAGUGAUAGAGACAGAGAAGACCCUCUACCUCGUUAUGGAGUAUGCCAAUGGAGGAGAGGUGUUUGAUUAUCUUGUGGCUCACGGGAGAAUGAAAGAGAAAGAAGCUAGAGUUAAAUUUAGACAAAUUGUGUCGGCCGUGCAGUACUGCCAUCAGAAACAUGUCAUCCAUAGGGACUUGAAGGCUGAGAACCUGCUACUAGACUCCAACAUGAACAUCAAGAUAGCUGACUUCGGGUUUAGCAAUGAGUUCACACCGGGUAGCAAACUGGACACGUUCUGUGGCAGUCCUCCAUACGCCGCACCUGAGCUGUUCCAGGGCAAGAAGUACGAUGGGCCCGAGGUCGAUGUCUGGAGCCUGGGGGUCAUUCUGUACACUUUGGUCAGCGGCUCAUUGCCCUUCGAUGGAAACAACCUCAAGGAACUGAGAGAGAGAGUGCUACGGGGGAAGUACAGAAUACCUUUCUACAUGUCCACAGAUUGUGAGAAUCUACUCAAAAAGUUUCUCGUGCUCAACCCAACAAAACGAGUGAAUCUGGAGGGUAUCAUGAAGGACAAAUGGAUGAACAUAGGUUAUGAGGGGGAGGACUUGCAGCCAUAUCUCGAGCCAGAGGCCGACAUUAGCGACGAACUUAGAAUACAGAAAAUGUUGACGAUGGGCUUCACUCAGAAGGAGAUAAAUGAGUCGUUGACGGAGAGCAGAUAUGAUGAAGUGUGUGCCACGUACAUGCUGCUCAUGAGGGACGAUAUGAUUGAUUCUAAGAACAGUCUGUCUAACGGGCCAGACAAUGUCUCCACAUUAACGAGCAGAGAGGGUGGGGUAUCACAUGAGACCGGCUCUGCUUCACUGAUCCCACCGGCUGUAAAUAGGAAGAAAAUCUCUGCCCCCGGGAACAUGCAGCCCAAUGUACAGGUGCCUAAAGGGAGAAGUCUCUCAAUGCGACAGAGCUCUGGAAAUCGUCGUGCCUACAACGAGUUCGGCUACCAACCCAAGAAUAGCUCAGCUGCCACGCCUAGUAGACCCGGUGCCUCAUCAGCAAUGGCUAGUCCUGGCAUUGUUGUCAACGGCCAUGGUAACGACAGUUCGGUAGAUUCAAUGGGCUCGGCCAGCAGACACAGAGGGGUGCCCGACAAUUCUCGAUUGGGGACAGCUGCUAACCCUAAUCGCUCCGACGUGCCAGACCUAGGCAGGAGAAAGUCGCAUGAGCAAGCAACCAGUUUGUCAACAAGAAGACAAACAAUGGCUUAUGACCACAGCGUCAUGGGCAACCACCUGGACACUCACUCUCACACUCAGCCAGAUCGAGUAAAAGAUGACCUAAUAGCGAGUCUACCCGCCUCUAAACACCACCACCAUGCUCGUAAGACCAGUGACAGUAGGGACAGUGCAGGGAGGGUAUCACUACCUCCUGUAGAGCAAGACGACAUGCAACUCUUCAGGCCAACAACUGCCCCACAGAGAAGACAGACACCUGACUCUAUCAUGCCCACUUUCCCUGGCAACCCGAACUUCACUCGAGGGGCUGCGAGCAGAUCAACGUAUGCAUUUGAGAAGAAAAGACCUCCUGCUCCCCCUAUUCGUCACUAUGAGGCAAUGGGUGGGGCCAAUUCUCAAGCCAGCCCCGGCGGUCCGACUGUUGGAGGAGGUUUCUUCAAAAGGAUGAUCUCCUCCCGAUUUAGUAAAAGGUACAAGAGAAGGGGUGCCUCAUCUGAAGACAAACCACGGUCCUUGCGGUUUACAUGGAGCAUGAGGACCACCAGCACUAUGGACGCUCACACCAUGGUUGACGAGAUUGGCAGAGUCCUCGACUCUAACUCUAUCUCCUUUGAGAAAAAGGAACGUUUCCUCGUCCUCUGUACCCAUGGCGAAGGGGAGGGAGGUAACUUAGUGCAGUGGGAGAUGGAGGUCUGCAAGCUACCAAGGCUCUCUCUGAAUGGCAUUAGGUUUAAACGUAUCUCUGGCAAUUCGAUGGCUUUCAAGCAGAUUGCGUCCAGAAUCUCCAACGAGUUACAGCUAUGAUUCAACAUCUGUGUGUGUGUCGUGCCUUUUUGUGAGUGUUUUAUUUUCUGAUACUUUGCUGUCGGUAUGUGUUCCCAUAGAGUGUGUCACCAUCUUUUUCAUAUCAUUUGUGUAUGUAAUAUUGGUAAGAUUGACACUGCUAUAGUGAGAGUACCUUUUGUAUCUCGUAUGCUAUUUAAUAUUGUGAUAGUUUUAUUUAUAGCCACUUAUCGUUUGUGAGAAGCAGAAAUAGUUUUCUUCAAGUAACUUUUAAGCAGCAACAUACACUAAUUAUUGUCAUUCUAUAUAAUAUACUGUUUAAUAUUUCUGCUCUCUUUUGCAAUGAAGACACAUUAUCCAAGUUGGUAA